UCUUCUUUCUAACUCUACUUCUCUCUCUCUGUUUGGGGUCUUUCUUACUUUAUUCGACGCGUAAAUAACUUUUUUUUUUUUAAUUAAACAAUUUUGGCUUCGAAAAUUUUGGAGCUUUAUAGCUACGUCUGUGACAUCUUCAUGAUUCUUCUUCUUGGUGAGUCUCAAGCUCGUAACUAGUUUGCUUCGCUCAUCAGAGAGAUACCCUUUUCAUAUUUUCAUUUUUCUCAUCUGGGAAAAUCAUUUUUUGGCUUGGCUUUCUAGGGAAGUUUGGUACAAGGAAAUUAAGUAACCGCUACUCAUUGAUUUCAGAAGGAGGAGAGGUGAAGAAGAAGAAGAAUUAGAAGACAAAAGAAGGGUUGUUCGUAAAUCUGUAAAAGGCUUCAGAAACAAAAGCAUCUUCAGCAGUAGAUUCAAGAAUUAAGCUACAUUCCCUCAAGAAUUUAUUUGUUUUGUUUAACGGUUCUGUGAAAGUGACAAAGAAUUUAAAGAUGACCUGGUAGUGAAGGGCUUGAUUCAAUUUGGUAAUUACAACGACCUUUUCUUAAGGUUUCAACCAUCUUGCACUUUUGGAAAGCAAGAGUGACUUGAAAGGAAAAUUGCAAUAAUGGGAGCAAUUGGGGGAGAAGAGCUUAUGAAGUGGGAGAAGAUGCAAGGAGCAAGUGGUCGUGAGGAGAAGAUUCUUGUUUUGGUGAGGUUGAGGCCUUUGAAUGAGAAGGAGAUUGCAUCAAAUGAGGUAGCAGACUGGGAAUGCAUCAAUGACACCACCGUCCUAUACCGGAAUACCCUGCGGGAGGGGUCGACAUUUCCAAAUGCAUAUUCCUUUGACAGAGUGUUUCGAGGUGACUGCUCUACAAGGGAGGUGUAUGAAGAAGGAGCAAAAGAAAUUGCUCUUUCAGUUGUGAACGGUAUCAAUUCAAGUAUUUUUGCUUAUGGACAAACAAGUAGCGGGAAAACGUAUACUAUGAAUGGUGUAACUGAGUAUACAGUGGCAGAAAUAUUUGACUACAUACAUAGGCAUGAAGAAAGAGCUUUUGUGGUGAAGUUCUCAGCAAUUGAAAUUUACAAUGAAGCUGUUAGAGAUCUCCUAAGCACGGAUAAUACUCCCCUUAGACUGCUUGAUGAUCCAGACAGGGGAACUAUUGUGGAGAAACUAACAGAGGAAAUUCUGAGGGAUUGGAGCCAUUUAAAGGAGCUUCUUUCGAUUUGUGAAGCUCAAAGACAGAUAGGAGAGACCUUAUUGAAUGAGAAAAGCUCCAGAUCACAUCAAAUUAUUAGAUUGGGAAUCGAAAGUUCUGCUCGUGAAUUCUUAGGCAAAGACAAGUCAACUACCCUUGCUGCUAGUGUGAGUUUUGUUGAUUUGGCGGGAAGUGAACGUGCAUCUCAGGCAUUGUCAGCUGGGACAAGAUUAAAAGAGGGUUGCCACAUUAAUCGUAGUUUACUAACUCUUGGAACUGUUAUUCGCAAACUAAGUAAGGGAAGACAAGGACAUAUCAAUUACAGAGAUUCUAAGCUGACUCGCAUCUUGCAGCCUUCUUUGGGUGGCAAUGCUAGAACUGCCAUCAUCUGUACCUUGAGUCCUGCCAGAAGCCAUGUUGAGCAAACUAGAAAUACUCUUUUGUUUGCUUGUUGUGCAAAAGAAGUGACUACUAAAGCACAGGUCAAUGUAGUCAUGUCUGACAAGGCCUUGGUUAAGCAUUUACAGAAAGAGCUAGCUAGAUUGGAGAGUGAGUUAAGAACUCCUGGACCUCCUUCGGCUUGUGAUUACGUAGCAUUACUUAGAAAGAAAGAUCUUCAGAUUGAAAAGAUGGAUAAGGAAAUCAGAGAGCUAACAAAGCAGCGUGAUUUGGCACAAUCACGCGUAAAGGAUUUACUACAGAUGGUUGGAGAUGAACGAAAUUCCAAACAAAAGAAAGAUGUUCAUCCUAAACUACAAGCAUCAAAUAAAUGGGAAGACGAAGGUUCUCUAUCAGAAUCAUCAAAUAUGGCUGAUCCCAGUUCAAAUCGUGUGAGGAGGUACAACAAUCCUCGGUAUGAUGAUGGAGAUAGUGAGAGUAAUCCUGAGGAUCCUGAGGAUGACACUAAUGACCAUUACUUAUCUGAUGAUGCCUCUUCACAACUUUUAAUUAGAAAGAAUUUUGUUCAUACUAAUUUAAGUCAUAGUCAAGGUGACACUACAGAAGAUCAUGAUGACUACUGCAAGGAAGUUCAGUGUAUUGAGAUGGAAGAAUCAAGUAGGCACAAGAGUUCUGAAUCCCUUGCCUCAGCAAGUGAUGGAAAUGAAGGUACAUCGGGUUUGGCAUCGUCUGGGAAUAUCAAUGUAAACGGUCAAGAAGUGAUGUCAAACUCAGUUAACAGAGAUAGAGAACUGGAUCUGAUGCAUAAUGGCUUUACAUCUGAUGUGCCAAGCUAUAGAAGCUUUAGUUUAACUAAAAGCCGGAGUUGUAGAGCUAAUUUGAUGACUAGUUUAUCUUCUCCUGAUAAAGCGGAUAGAACCCCACCUAAUGGGUUUGAAAAAGGCUUUCUUGGGAGACCAGAGAGCCUUGGACAGAAGUUUUCACUUUUAAGUUUUGAUUCUAAAAAUACAAGGUUGUCAAGAAAUGAUUCUCAAUCAUCCCAUGGGAGUGUCUCUGUGGAUGCACAUGGUGCAAACACUGGAGAUGAGGAUGUCACAAGCCUCCAUACUUUCGUCACAGGACUGAAGGAAAUGGCCAAACUUGAGUAUGAGAAGCAACUUGGUCAGGGACAAGAUACAGGGUCGAUAGCUAAGAAUUAUGAAAGGAAUAUGAAAGACAUCGGAGUAGAUCCAAUUCUGGAAACAGAAGACUCUCCUCAUUGGCCUCUAGAAUUUGAGAGACAACAGAGGAUGAUCCUGGAACUUUGGCAAACGUGUUAUGUGUCAUUAGUUCAUAGAACAUAUUUUGUCUUGCUCUUCAAAGGUGAUCCAUCAGAUUCUAUCUACAUGGAAGUGGAGCUCAGAAGACUAUCUUUCCUAAAGGAAACAUAUUCUCACGGAAAUCAGGCUAUAGAAGAUAGUCGGACUCCCACACUGGCUUCAAGUAUGAAAGCUCUUCGUCGAGAGAGAGAGGUGCUGAGCAAGCUGAUGCAGAAGCAGUUUUCAGAAGAAGAGAGGAAAAGACUUUUCCAGGAGUGGGGCAUUGCAUUGGACUCAAAGCGCCGGAGACUGCAGCUGGCUGAGCGCCUAUGGAAUGACACAAAGGAUAUGAACCACAUUAAGAAGAGUGCUACAAUUGUGGCACAGUUGAUUAGGUUUGUAGACCAGGGACGAGCCUUGAAGGAGAUGUUUGGCCUUAGUUUUACGCCGCCUCUUGUGAAACGCAGAUCAUUUGUGUGGAAAAACAGCAGGGCAUCCCUUUUGUAAGCCUGUCCUUGUCUUGUGCUCUUCCUUUUUAGAGGUUGUUUGUCUAGUUAACUUAGAUUGGCCAUACAGCCAUUCAUUUUAUUGUGAAAUUAUUUUUUUAGUUUGCUAACAACUUUAGUAGUAAAAGUUGUACUAGUCUUGGCCCCUCUACGUUGUCUUCUGGUAUGCGGUUUUGGGGUGUUUUACCUCAUUUUAAUGAAAUGUAAGAAGCUAUGUUAUAUGUUC